AGCGUUGUUCUGAAACGUUUCCCACCACAACACGGAUGGCGGACUAGUCCGUUUCGACGGCGGCUUCUCCUCGCGGAGACGGCGGUGCCUCGCGGAGACGCGAUGCUUUUGGGGGUCGUUGGCCCCAACGGGCCCGAACCACCUGCAGUCUUGGCACCUUCCAGUGGCAAGAGUUUGAAGGCAUUGAAGGAGAAGGCCGCCAGAGCUUUGAAUUUCGUGCACCCUCAGAGUGGUAAUGUUUGGAAGCCUCGGCACCUCUUCACCGAAACACCCAGUGGAAAUCUCCGGGAGCUGCAGACCUCAGAGCUCCAAAGGGAGAAGGUCUUGUGGGCAGAGCCUCCCUGGCAUGCGGGCGCAGUGCUGCAACAGGGCCUAACCUCGCGACGACGCUGGACUUGGGGGUCGCGCAUCUACCAGAGACUCUUGCGGAUGCCUUGCUGCGUGCCACUGCACCGGCUUUGGCACAGCGCACGCAGCACCGCCUCGGCAGCCAAAGGCGGUGCUCGCAGCUCCCCACGCCGGGAGAAGAAGCCACAGGAUCCCAAGAGACCCAGCCACUUUAUUUCGGUGCGAAUGGGCGAAGAUGUACGGAAGGCCGCUGUGAAAGUGCAGAAGGAGCUCAUGAUCAAAGCAGAUGAAAAGAUGCAUACUCAGCUUGAGAGGUGUUUGAUCCCAAGCAGCCAGCUCCAUUUGACACUCCUGACGCUGACGCUGCAAACAGAGGAGGACAUACAGGUUGCCAAAGAACGCCUCAAUCAAGUAGCUGAUGCAGAAGGCUUCAGCUUCAAGCUACAAGGCUUGGAGUCCUUCGGGCACCGAGUACUCUUUGCCCGUGCUCGUGAUGAUGGGUCCCAGGGAUUUGCAUCCCUUUGCUCUCUGCACACGCGUUUAGCCGACAUAUUCCAAACCUCACUGCUACCAGGCACAACAACAGAAGAAGUUGAGCCUCCAGCAGAGGCAGUUUCCACACAGGAACACCAAGCAGAAUUGGAAGUGUCUCAGGAGCGGUUGAGUCGCUUUUUAACGCGCGUCCUCCGGCACGAUGCCAAGCGCCUGGGGCUGCAGAUGCGAAGCGAUGGAUCUGUGGCGCUGAAGGAUCUAGUGGCUUUGUCGUUCUUCAGAACCAAUGGCUAUUCGGAGGCCGAUGUGGAAAGAGAAGUGAGAUGCAACGCCAAGCAACGGUUCUCCCUUUGGCUAGACGAUGGCGUGAAGCGCAUUCGCGCUAACCAGGGCCACAAGAUGAAAGAGGUCGUGGACUCCGAGCUCUUGACGCCGAUCCUGUCGGCCUCAGAGCUGCCGGUGUGCAUUCAUGGAACCUACAUGAAGAGGUGGCACUACAAGAAGAAGUGCUAUGUGGACGUUUGGCCUGCCAUCAAACGCGAAGGUUUGAAACCCAUGGGCCGCAACCAUAUCCAUUUUGUGCCUCAUGAGGUCGGCUCUCGCACGGUGAUCAGUGGCAUGCGCCAAGAUUGCACUGUUGCGAUCUACUUGGAUGUGCCAAAAGCCUUGGACAUGGGGAUCAAGCUCUUCCGUUCCGCCAACGACGUGGUCUUGACCCGCGGGGACGAAGCAGGACAUGUUCCAACGGAGCUCUUCACACGAGUCGUGGAGAUCAAGACGGGUCGGUUGCUUUGGCCUCCAGACCCAGAGGUGGAUGAUGCGACUGAGGAAGAGGACAGCUUCCAGCCGCAUGUGACCAUCGCAAAGACCAGUCGUGCGCGCCAGCACGCAAGCGGUGCUCGCAUUCCAGAGAGCUGCUGGCAGGCCCUCCGGAAGGUGGAGCUGGGCACCGUGAUGGUUGACUCCCUCGAGCUGUGUCGGAUGAAGGGCGAUGAGCAAACAGGCUACUACGAAGUCGAGCACAAAGUGUCCCUGCAGUGCCGCUGAGACAGUCCAAGUCCAGGAGGGGCGAACACAUCCGCUGGACCAGACCUUGUGGUCAUUUUUCCGCCAUCCAAUCAAGUGGUGGCCGUCCUUAGGUCAAGCGCAGGGAGGUUUCCUUUCAUUUGGGCGUGGGUGCCUCAAUGGUGUUUCCACUUGGCCAGUCCAAAACCCUUCUACAAACCAAAGUAGCCACAGAAGGAUCACUGGUGUCAAGCCUCACACCCAAUUGAAUUUGCCUUCAUACUACCGUUCCCGCGACAGCAAACACUCCGACCCUCAAAGUGGGGUCCAAGCCCGUCGCGGGCUCCAAUGUGGAGCUGUAGGAGAUUUGAAGACCGUUCCAACCGUAUCAUCGUCAGUAUAUGUCG